AUGAUUGAAAGGCACGUUAAAGUUACUGGGUUAGCUGACGAUGUUAAAAUUGCUAGAGCAAUGAUUCAAAAAUUAGUUGAAGAUGCUAGAAAUGGUAGUCUGGUUAAUCGUCGCGACUCUGCUAUGAACGGGCAAAACAAAAAUACCGUGAUUAUUCGUAUUCCAAGCAAUAAAGUCGGUGUUGUAAUUGGUCGUAAAGGCGAAACAAUCCGUGAUUUACAAGACAGAAGUGGUGCACAUAUUAACGUCACACCAGAUAGUGCCGCAAGUCCUCAAUCCAAGAAUCGACCCGUUACUCUGAUCGGGGAUGAUGAAGCAAUUCAAAGAGCAAAGGCCCUUAUUAACGAGAUUAUCAACAACGGAGAAAUUUCUUCAGAAAUAAAUCAUCACCAAGAUCACCGACCAAACAGUCACAAUAGCGGUAGCGGUUCUUACAAUAAUCAUGGAGGAAACUAUAUGAAUCAUAAUUCAAAUUCUGGACAUCGCAAUCAAGAAACUAUAUCAAGUUUACCCAUCAAACAAAGCUUUCCUUGUGAUAUGACCAGUAUCAGUACUAAAAGAAAGGCACUCUUUAAACAAAUUGAUAUGUUAUGCAGUCCAUCAAUUGCUGCUAGGCACAAAUUGUUUCCUAAACAACAAAAACUUGCUGAUAUAAAAUGUGGAAGGCUACUUGAAUACGUUAAUGAUUAUAUUGAUGAAACUUUCUGUGCAGAAAAUCUUGAUUUUCUCAAUAAAAUGUCUAAAUUCUACAACAAUGAGUCUAGGCAAUCAGCUGUCACUAAUUUUUAUCAUUUUCUUUUGGUAAAACCUUCAACAAUGGACCAACAGGGAAUUGUGAUCCCAUUCUACAAUCAACUAUUUGUUAUGAGAAAUUUUUUUUGGGGUGGGAACUGGAGUGAUAAACCUAAAGGAUACAACAAAAUCAGAGAAAUCUUGGUAUGUCCAGCCUUUCUGUUGUGUUCUGCUGGUCCAUGGUUAUGUGUAUGUGGCAUUGUCUUUGCAGAUCAAGUUAAAGUUGAGAUACUUGCAGAUAUGCUCUAUCUUGUUCCUAUACUGGAUUCUAAUACGCUUUUUCAUUUUGCUCAUACAUUUGCUUCUCUUUGUUAUGCUUGUAAAAAACUCACACAAUACUAUCAUAAUUUACAAGUGUGUACUCAGUAUUAUAAUGAGGAGGUCCAUAAGCUCUGUGCAAAUAAUGGUGGUUCACCACAGUUAUUUGAAGUCUGUAGAGGAAUUGUACAUGGAAAAUCCUUGUGCAAUUGUGAUGAUUUGAAUACUCAAGAUAAGCAAAAUAUUAUUGAAAAAGUAUCCAAAACAAUUAGUGUAUUAUAUCAGAAUAAUUUUGUUCCUGGAAAUCUUCAACCAAGCAGUAUUUUGUAUGAUAAAAAUAUGGAAAAGACUUAUUUGAUAAAUUUUAACUGGACUGAAACAGAACAUUAUCCAUUUUUCUUGAACUCAAAAUUUAACCAGACAUUAAAACCCCCAUAUACCAUUCAACGUUAUGAAAGUAUUGUACCGUUUAAGAAUUACGAGGAGUUUAAUAAUGAUUUAAAUGGUGAAAAAGAGAAAUGGUAUGUUCUUGAUGAAUUAGAGAAAGAUUAUACAUAUGAAACAAGAGUUUCAUAUGCAGCAACAUCACCGACAGAUUUCAUAUUGGAAAUAAUUAGUUUGGAGGAUGCUGCAAGGAUAAUUAAAGCAAGAAAAGGGCUGGAUUAUUUAGAAUCAAAUCCAAAUCAAAUAAUAACAAUUACAAACAAACGAUUUCUUCGAGUGAGGGCAAUAUAUACAGGUGUAUCAAAUGUAUCUCAAAAAGAAUCUAAACCUGUUAUUUAUAAUAUUGUUUUGGAAACAUUGACAUUCGGUGUUCCACGCGUGGCAUUUAAAUUAGCUUUAGUUUUGGGAAUUGCAGUUGGUGUCGGUUAUUACAUAUUUAUUCCUAAAAUAUAUGAAUCUUUACGUAAAUUAUCAAUGAGAAAUGAUGAAAAGAUUAAAGAUAAUUAA